AUGAGCACGCCUCUUACUACUCCAUCGAUUAUUAUUCGUAGUUAUCAAGCAGACGACUUAUCUGCAUGUCAAGCUUUAAUCAUAGAUGCAAACAAGGACUACGAGAAUCCUAUCGAAUAUUAUAAUCUAGCUUUUCAGACGGAUAUGGCAGAUAUUGAGAAAAGUUAUCUCCAAGUCCCAAAUGCUCAUUGGUGGGUUGCUGUUUCAACAGAAGAUAACCGUAUCGUCGGUCAAGUAGCAUUGCAGCCUCUACAUCUUGGAGAUCCAUCGUACUACAAUUGUUCACCGUUAGAAGAACGCGAUCAAAUCUGUGAGUUGCGACGAAUGACUGUACAUCCAACAGUUCAAAGACUUGGUAUUGGUUCUCGUCUAUUAGAAACUCUGUUGAGCUUUGCUAGGGAGCAUGGUUAUCGUCAAGUACAUUUAACAACAUUAACUAACAUGAGCAAAGCCUGUUCAUACUAUGAAAAGUUGGGAUUUACGAAAGGUGAUGUGCAUUGGUAUCCAUUAACGGAUAUGAGCACCACACGAAUGUUGAAUAGUAAAGAUCAUAUUGGAGAAAUUCUUCCAGCACCAACUAUCUUCAAAUCAGGAAAUUCCAUCCCCGUAGAAGAUCAGGAGCGAAUGAAAUUACCACCAACAAAAACGAAAUACAUUUAUGUGCAACAUUUUUUUCUAACACUGUGA